GCCUCCAUCUCGUGGCAGCAAAAAAGAGGGUCAUCUGCAUCGGGUCUGGCCGCCUCCGCGUCCACCCUUUCCAACCUUUUAGUCUCUUCCUCCCCCUUUGUUUCUCGUUGUCAUCUCGCUCUCAUCACACUCGCUUGGUAUCGCAAUAGUCACUCGUUUUCACAAUGAUGAACCGCACGCUCGUUUUGGGUCUGGCUGCUGCUGGCAUGGUCUCAGCCACGGCCACCGUCACCUCCAUGUUCUUUUAUGACACGGAUUCACAGUCUUUGGCCGCGUCGAUCAUGGGGAACGAUGCGACCGCGACCACCUAUAGCGUCAACUGCCCCCCCGGUACCGACAGUGACGAGUGUGGCAUGGGCCCCGGGAUGACUGUCAUCGCUGGUCCGCAAACCACGAUGAUCAUGGACGUGCCGGAUGAAGAUUUUUACUACACCUGCAUCUGCUCAUUGGAUGGGACAACCUACGCGGUCUGCUCGGAGACGGCCGCCGGAUCUGGGGCCAAUUUCCCGGGGACCACCAUCACCACCCUGGAUGGUGACCUGGGUCUGAUGCCCGUCACCAUCACUGCGGGGUCCGUCACCAGUGUGGCCGCUACUGCCGGCGCCACGACUGAGGUGCAGAGUGCCAGUAAAACCGGAUCGUCCGGCAGCUCCAGCACGGAAACACGGUCUGAGACCGCCGCCGGGUCUGCUGGCAUCUCUUCUGCCUCCGCGGCUGCUUCUACUGGUGCCUCGACCUCUUCAAAUGCGUCCAAGGCGAAUGCGUCUGCUACCAGCACUGGUGGGGGCUCGUUGAUCACGGGCGAUGCGGCCCUGUUGUUCGGAGGCGCUGCCGCUGCGGCUUUAGUCGCGGCCGUUCUCUAGGCCUGACAUGCACCCAACCCACGUACACGAAAUAUAUAGAGAGAUAAUAUGAGCCAUAUACCACACUUGUGAUGCAUAGUUGGUCAGUGAAGUACCAUUUUCAUUCCGUCUCGGAAAUUGCGGCAGAUCUUAGAAAGAGAUUCCUGAAAGGGCAUGUGUGCGCAUGGAAGGACAGGAUAAUCAAUCAAUCCACGUGGACAUUAAUCAGGAUACGUAAGCACG